AUGUCAGUUCCUCCAGUUUAUAUUGUUUCAGUUGCAAGAACUCCUAUUGGUUCAUUUCAAGGUGGUUUAUCAUCAUUAACUUAUUCAGAUUUAGGUUCAAUUGCCGUUAAAGCAGCGUUAGAAAAAGUUCCUCAAAUUAAACCAGAAGAUGUUGAUGAAAUUUUCUUUGGUGGUGUUUUACAAGCAAAUGUUGGUCAAGCACCAGCUAGACAAGUUGCUUUAAAGGCAGGUUUAAGUGAAUCAAUCGUUGCAUCUACAAUUAAUAAAGUUUGUGCUUCAGGUAUGAAAGCAACAAUUUUAGGAGCUCAAAAUAUAAUUUGUGGUACUAGUGAUAUAGUUAUUGUUGGAGGUGCUGAAUCAAUGUCAAAUACUCCAUAUUAUUUACCAUCAGCAAGAACUGGUGCUAGAUAUGGUGAUUCAUCAAUUGUAGAUGGUAUUCAAAAAGAUGGUUUAUUAGAUGUUUAUGACCAAAAAUUAAUGGGUGUUGCUGCUGAAAAAUGUGCAAAAGAACAAGAAUUUUCAAGAGAUGAACAAGAUGAAUUUGCAAUAAAUUCAUAUAAAAAAGCACAAGAAGCUGCUUCACAAGGUAAAUUCGAUUCAGAAAUUACACCAGUUACAAUUAAAGGUUUUAGAGGUAAACCAGAUACAAUUGUUUCACAAGAUGAAGAAAUUAAAAAUUUUAAUGAAUCAAAAUUAAAAUCAGCAAGAACUGUUUUUCAAAAAGAAAAUGGUACAGUUACUGCACCAAAUGCAUCAAAAUUAAAUGACGGUGGUGCUGCUUUAAUUUUAGUUUCUGAAUCAAAAUUAAAAGAAUUAAAUUUAAAACCAUUGGCUAAAAUUAUUGGUUGGGGUGAAGCAGCAAGAACUCCAAUUGAUUUUACAAUUGCACCAGCAUUAGCAAUUCCAAAAGCUUUAAAACAUGCAAAAAUUCCACAAGAUAAAAUUGAUUAUUUUGAAUUAAAUGAAGCAUUUUCAGUUGUUGGUUUAGCAAAUGCCAAAAUUUGUAAAAUUCCAAAUGAAAAAUUAAAUAAAUAUGGUGGUGCAGUUGCUUUGGGUCAUCCAUUAGGUUGUUCAGGUGCAAGAAUUAUUAUAACUUUAUUAUCAGUUUUGAAUCAAGAAGGUGGUAAAAUUGGUUGUGCUGGUAUUUGUAAUGGUGGUGGUGGUGCAUCAUCAAUUGUUAUUGAAAGAGUGGAUCAUGAUGAUUUUAAAUUGUAA